AUGUUUUCAUAUUUUUUAGCAGUCUCGAGCUCCACUGAUGUGUCUUAUGUUGAUCUGGAUGCUACAACAACAGCAUUGCCAAUUCAUGAUGAAAGCAUCCUAUACACUGGAUUGAUUUCACAACCACCCUCCUUUCAACCUUUAACUCAAUGGACAGCAUGUCCGGAGUAUAUUUCACAUGAAAGUGUUAGCUGUCCUUAUACAACAGAUAUGUAUGUUCAGCCAAUGUGUCAAGGUUAUACUGUGGUUGGUCCCCCUUCUGUAUUAACAUAUACUUCACAGCCUCUUCUAACAAAUUUUACAGCACGAAACAGCACUCAGUGUGUUGCUACUCAGUUAGAAUAUGCCGAUCAGCAAACUUCGCUGACUUACUUCCCGUGGGCUCAGCCAAUUCCAACUCUGCCAACAGCAACUCACUCUAUACCCUACCAAGCAACAGCAACCACAAUCCAAAGCCCACAGUUUGUCCCAAUACCAAUUUCUUUACCAGAUCCUGUGCCAGAAGAACUGAAUCACUCGAGGCAAGCCAUCAACAAUGUGCCCAUUGAAAAAUUAUUACAUGGAGAAGAAGGGAGUGACUCAUAUGCUCUUAAUCAUACUCUGUCUAUUGAAGGGCUUUAA